AUGACCUCAAUAGAUAACUCCUUUCCGAUCCCAAUAGAUCUCGUUAUCGAGAUACUCGCGAGGUUGCAGGCGAAAUACAUAGGGAGGUGUCGUUGCGUAUCAAAGUUAUGGGCCAACAUACUUUGCCGUCAAGAUUUCACUGAGUUGUUCUUGACUAAAUCUUUUGCUCGCCCGCAACUAUUGUUCGCCUGCUUAAUGAACGAUAGUGGGUUAUCCUUCUUCUCCUCAUCACAUCAGCCUCAAAAGAUCUUGACUGCGAUAGAUACUACUUAUCUAACGCAUGUCCCUAAGACUUAUCAAGUCUGUGGUACGAUCAACGGUUUGAUCUGUCUCAAAGGUAUACGGAUCUUUAAGGGAUGUAUGAAUCCAGCGUCGGCGUUGGUUUUAUGUAACCCUACCACCCGAGAAUCCUUACCUUUACCCAAAAUGAAGACGACCAGGAGGAAGGAGAAUGAUGUGAAGAGCUAUUUUGGGUAUGUUCCGACUGAGAAACAAUUCAAGGUAUUGUCUAUGACUUUGCCUGUCAAAGGAAACUCUGAGGGGCAUCAAGUUUUGACAUUCAGAACUGAUAAAAAGCUUUCUUGGAGAAUGAUCACACGUUGUAUUCCCCAUCGUCCUGAUCGUAAUUGGGGAAUAUGCAUCAGUGGUGUUUUGUAUUAUACAGCUGUGGUCAUAGAAGAGUCUUUAGAGGUUAUAACUGUUGUAGUUUGUUUUGAUUUUGGAUCUGAGAAGUUUAGCGUUCUGAAAGUCAUGGAAACUUUCAAAAGAACGUUGCCUAACACGACAACUCCGGUUAACUACAAUGGCAAAUUAGGUUUGCUGAUGACAGAAGAGUCUAACUGGGUUAUUAAUGGAAUAAGUAGAUAUUUUGAGUUGUGGGUUUUAGAAGACGCUGGAAAACAUGAAUGGUCGAAUCAUGAAAUUGUACUGUCGUACCACCCAACCAUGCCUCACUACGUUUUCUACUACAAUAUUGAGAGAGACACAGUUAGAGUAGCUAGAAUCAGAGGAAUGGAAGGGGUGAAAGGAAAUGGAUGUCGCAUCUUCUUAAACCAUGUAGAGACUGUUGAGCUUAUUCAAAACAUUUUAGUACGUUAA